AUGUCUGAAAUGAAAUCAGAUGAACCAGCUUUAAAAAAGAUAAAAUUAGAGUUAAAAGGUAAAGUAAAAACAACAACAACAAAUAAUAAUAGAUUAUGUCCAUAUUUAGAUACAAUAAAUAGACAAGUAUUAGAUUUUGAUUUUGAAAAGUUAUGUUCGGUAUCGUUAAGUCGUAUAAAUGUGUACGCGUGUUUAGUUUGUGGUAAAUAUUAUCAAGGUAGAGGUACGAAUACACAUGCUUAUACACAUUCAGUUGCUGAAUCACAUCAUGUUUAUUUAAAUUUACAUACAUUAAAGUUUUAUUGUUUACCAGAUAAUUAUGAAAUUAUAGAUUCAUCUUUAGAUGAUAUUAAAUAUGUAUUAAAUCCAACAUUUACAUCAAAACAAAUCUUAGAUUUAGACAAGUCUGAUAAGUUAUCACGUGCUAUUGAUGGUAGCAUGUACUUACCAGGGAUUGUUGGAUUAAAUAAUAUUAAAGCAAAUGAUUAUUGUAAUGUUAUCUUACAAGCAUUAUCACACGUAUCACCAUUACGUAAUUAUUUUUUACGUGAAGAGAACUAUGCGAACAUAAAACGACCGCCAGGUGAUUCAUCAUUCUUAUUGGUACAACGUUUUGGUGAGCUGAUGCGUAAAUUAUGGAAUCCACGUAACUUUAAAGCGCAUGUGUCACCACAUGAGAUGUUACAAGCGGUUGUAUUAUGGAGUCGUAAAAAGUUUCAAUUUAUCGAACAAGGUGAUCCGAUUGACUUCUUAUCAUGGUUCUUGAAUGCAUUACAUCGUACACUUAAUGGUACAAAAAAAAUGAAUUCAAGUAUCAUUUAUAAAUCAUUUAUGGGUCGUAUGCGAAUCUAUACCAGAAAAUUACCACCAACGGAGCUGGAUGACAAACAAAAGAAACUGUUGUUACAAUCAGAAGAAUAUCAAGAACAUUCGGAGGAGUCAACAUUCUUAUAUUUAACAUGUGAUUUACCAGCACCUCCACUAUUUAUUGAUGAAUUCCGUGAGAAUAUUAUACCGCAAGUGAACUUGUAUCAGUUGUUAACGAAGUUCAAUGGAUUAACGGAGAAAGAAUAUAAAACAUAUAAAGAGAACUUUCUAAAACGUUUUCAAAUCAUUCAAUUGCCGCCAUAUUUAAUUUUAUAUAUAAAACGUUUUACAAAGAACACAUUCUUUAUUGAAAAGAAUCCAACGAUUGUUAACUUCCCCGUCAAGAACAUUGAUUUUGGGGAUAUUUUAACGGACGACAUUAAAUUGAAACAUAAUAUGGAACGAGGUGGUACGAUUUAUGAUUUGGUAGCGAACAUUGUCCAUGAUGGCGAACCAAACAAAGGUACAUAUCGAGUACAUGUCUUACAGAAGGGCUGUAAUAAAUGGUACGAGAUGCAAGAUUUACAUGUUAUUGAUAUUCUACCACAAAUGAUUACAUUAACGGAGGCUUACAUUCAAAUCUAUGAAUUAAGAAAACCAGCUUCAUCAACCGUCAAUCAUUAAUUAUUUAAAUACUACAUUUAUA